AUAGCUGGCCCUUUUUUCCCGUAUUAUUUCUCCCUCACACAUCUCUAAAAUCCCUAGAACAAACCCUUCCUUCCCUUUAUCUCUCCGCUCCACUCUCAAACCCUUUUAUCCCUUCUUCUCUCUCUCUACAUUUUGAAGCUUAGAUCUCAAAGGGAUUUUGAGCAUUUUCUGCAAAAUCAGCUUCCGAGAGAAAGAAGAAGAAGACGAAGAAGAAGAAAGUGGAAAGCAAGCAAUAUAAAGUGGCAUUUCUGGAAUCAGAUGUCUCAUGUGAGAUGAAGAGRGAGACCCAUUUCGACUUCCGUCKUCUGCUCCGCAUUGUCUUCUUCCUCGGCACUUUUCUGUGCCUCUCUUCAGCUUCUGAAGAGCUUCAAAUUUCCAGCCAUGGCGGCGCCCUCACUGACGCAGAAGCCCACUUCAUCCGCCAGCGCCAGCUCCUCUAUUACAGAGACGAAUUCGGCGACCGCGGCGAGGAGGUCACCGUCGAUCCUUCCCUCGUCUUCGAGAACGACAGAAUCAGAAAUGCUUAUAUAGCAUUACAGGCUUGGAAGAAAGCGAUUCUCUCUGACCCUUUCAAUCUCACUCUAAAUUGGGUUGGAUCUGAUGUCUGUAGCUACAAAGGGGUUUUCUGCGCUCCGGCGCCGGAUAACUCCUCGAUCCGUACCGUCGCCGGAAUCGACCUCAACCAUGGCGACAUUGCCGGUUACUUGCCGGAGGAGCUCGGUCUUCUUGUAGAUCUUGCAUUGUUCCAUAUAAACUCCAAUCGGUUCUGCGGCACUGUUCCUCACAAGUUUAAGAACUUGAAGCUCCUCUUCGAGUUGGAUCUGAGCAACAAUCGGUUCGCCGGGAAGUUUCCCCGGGUGGUUCUUGAUCUUCCGGCGCUGAAGUUUUUGGAUCUGAGGUUCAAUGAGUUCGAGGGAACUGUCCCUAAGGAGCUGUUCGACAAGGAUUUGGACGCCAUUUUCAUCAACCACAACAGAUUCCGGUUUGA